UGGUUAUUGAUUAAAAAAAGUAGUGGACCUGACGUCGAAGAAUGUAUGGACAAAUUACAAGGACUUGGCUGGAAAGAUCCAUUAAACAGUACAACUCUUGCUAUAAUUUGUGAGAGUGAGAGCUACAGGAAAGCAUGGAUGAAACUAGAGGAUGACAAGUUAGAGAAUUGGGUUAAGCUCUUGGGGAAACAAAAGGGACUUCUUCAACUUUGCUAAUUAGCUAAAAUAUGCAUUAGGCGUUGAUAAUGUGAAACCUUCUUUAUUAUUUUUCUACUAGUAUCUAUUAUGCUUAUUGAACCUUUUCGGUAUUAUAUUAUGUUGGAACCAUUUUGGUUAGUGAUAUAUUUUUUAAAUGCCUUUUUUGGGUUAUGCUUGAGAAUUAUGGAUAAUUUGUCGUUAUGUAACUUUUAUGUUGACCAAAUAUAUAACAUGUUAUGCUUAUUAUCGUGUAUUGUACAUUUUCCAGGUUAAAAUAGUUUAGACAUGGACACUAAAGAUCAGAUAUUAUGGUUGAUGAGCUUAUAUUGGUAUAGAAAACGUCUUAGACUCAAGACUGUUCAAAGAAAUAAAGAUUUAACAUCAUCUUUAUCUGGACAGAGUUACACAUUGGAAUUAUUGUCUGGCUCUAGUCGACAAUGUUUAGAGUUGAUGCGCAUGUCUCGUGAUGCAUAUGUGCGGUUGUGUCAAAAUUUUAGACAUAAUGGAUGGCUCACAGAUAGUAAAUAUGUAUCUGUAGAAGAAAAGAUAGCAAUAUUUUUAUCCAUUAUAGGGCAUAAUGAGAGUUUUGUGGUUAUCAAGAGGAGAUUCCAACAUUCUUCGCAAACGAUUCACAAAUAUUUUCACGAGGUUCUUGAAGCAAUGAUGAAGUUUGCAAAAGAGAUGAUAUCAUCUACAACAUCCGAUCCAAAUCUAGAUAUUCCCGGCGCUCAUAAAAGGCUACGUAAAAUUUUUAAGGGAGCAAUCGGUGCACUUGAUGGGACAUUAGUACAAGCCAUUGUUCCCGCUAAUCAACAAAUUGUUUAG